GCCCGAGAGCGGGCGCCUUUCUUGGACGCCGGGGAAGGGGGCGGCGGCUGUUUCGCUAGUCCCGCUGCCCGCGGAGAGAACUUCCACUCGGAGCAACAGCCCGGAGCUUCUGCCGCCGGUGGCGGCGCCUGUGCUGCGGUGGGAAGCGACCACGCCUCGCGGACUCGCAAAGGCGGUCUCGGGCUCUGGAAGCGUGACGAGAAAGAGGCGGAGGGAAAGAAGGCGGCAGCGGCAGCGGCGGCGGGACCCGCAGCUCGGUGGGCGUCUCCUCGCGGGACGGAACCCUCUCUCGCUCGCUCGCUCUCUCGCCGCCGCCCCAUCCUGUGGCUACCACCAUGGCCGCGCGGUCCCGGCGCCCCUGGCUGAGUGUCGUGCUGGGGCUGGUCUUGGGGUUCACGGUCGCCUCUUGGCUCAUCGCCCCCAAAGUGGUCGAGCUGAGCGAGAGGAAAAGGCGCGGCGGCCACGGCGGCUCCCUGAGUGGAGGCGGCGGCGGCGGCGGCGACGGCGGCAAUAACCUCUGUGCUUUCUAUGGCCGCGUGGCUGGUCUUCCCGGAGGAAAGAGGCAGCUGCGACCCGAGGAGCCGGCGGUAACGGCCGCCGGCUUGGGGGGCACUGGCGGAAGACACAGGCGGUGGGAGAAGGAGAGGGAGCCACGGCCGCCCCCGGCGCCGCCCGCCGCAGAUGGGCCAGUGCCGAGUCUCCCGGUUGCAGCUGCUGGAAGAGACCCUCAGGAGGAGGACGAGGAGGAAGAAGGCGGCGCCGGCCGCCACGGCAGCAGCCACAACGGCAGCGGGGACUACGCGGGUACCCCGGGCUGUGCCAAAACCCGGCACUUCCUUUACGUCGGGGUGAUGACCGCCCAGAAGUACCUGGGCAGCCGAGCGCUCGCAGCGCAGCGGACCUGGGCGCGCUCCAUCUCCGGCCGGGUGGAGUUCUUCUCUAGCGAGGGAUCGGUCCCUCCUCCCGGCCUAAAAGGGGAGCAGCCCCUGCCGGUCGUGGCUUUAUCCGGCGUGGACGACUCGUACCCGCCGCAGAAGAAAUCUUUCAUGAUGCUCAAGUAUAUGUACGACCACUACCUGGACACCUAUGAGUGGUUCAUGCGGGCGGACGACGAUGUCUACAUCAAAGGUGAAAAAUUGGAGGAGUUCCUUCGGUCACUGAAUAGCAGCAAACCUCUUUAUUUGGGACAGACUGGACUAGGAAAUACAGAAGAACUUGGAAAAUUGGGUCUUGAACCAGGAGAGAACUUCUGCAUGGGAGGGCCUGGGAUGAUCUUCAGUCGUGAGGUUCUCAGAAGGAUGGUACCACAUAUAGGUGAAUGUCUUCAAGAGAUGUACACGACUCAUGAGGACGUGGAAGUGGGCAGAUGUGUUCGGCGAUUUGGUGGUACUCAGUGUGUCUGGUCAUAUGAGAUGCAGCAAUUGUUUCAUGAAAACUAUGAACGCAACCGGAAGGGUUACAUACAGGAUCUUCACAACAGCAAAAUUCACACUGCAAUUACACUUCAUCCAAAUAAAAGACCAGCCUAUCAGUAUAGACUUCAUAACUACAUAUUGACCCGCAAAAUUUCAGAAUUGCGUUACCGCACCAUCCAGCUCCAUCGAGAAAGUGCUCUCAUGAGCAAGCUCGGUAAUGAUGAAAUAAGCAAAGAAGAUCAGCUUCUGGGAAUGACGCCAUCUUUCAGUCGUUUCCAGCCCCGUGACAGGAAUGAAGUCAUUGAAUGGGAUUUUCUCACUGGAAAGCUCCUUUAUUCAAUAGCUGAGAAUCAGCCACCUAGACAAAACAUUAAUAACAUCCAGCGAGCAGCAUUAGAUGACACUGUAAUGCAGGUAAUGGAAAUAAUCAAUGAGAACUCUAAAUCUAGAGGAAGGCUUAUUGACUUCAAUGAAAUACAGUAUGGAUACCGCAGGGUUGACCCUUUGCACGGUGUAGAGUAUAUACUGGACUUGCUGCUUUUAUAUAAAAGGCACAAAGGAAGAAAGGUCACUGUUCCAGUUCGAAGACAUGCUUACCUUCAACAAUUAUUUAGUAAACCUUUUUUCAGAGAGGAAGAAGAACUGGAUGUGAGAAGUGUGAUGGAAAAUGAGCAGAGUGAUACACAAUCCCUGUCUUUCCUUUCUAAUUCCCUGAAGAUGUUCUCACCAUUUAAAGACACCAAAGAAUUAAGGGGAAGCAAUAACAAGAAGAUACACAUUCUUGUCCCUCUCACAGGAAGAUACAAUAUUUUCUUGAGAUUUAUGGAGAAUUUUGAAAAGACCUGCCUUGUUACACAGCAGAACGUGCGGCUGGCGGUUAUUCUCUUUAGCCCAGACUCUAGUCAGGAGUCCAGUAAACAUAUAGAAUUGAUCAAUGCAUAUCGCAAUAAGUAUCCAAUGGCAGACAUCACUGUUAUUCCUAUGGCAGGAGCUUUUUCAAGAGGUUUGGGUCUUGAAAUGGCUUCCUCUCAGUUUGAUAAUGAUACGUUGCUAUUAUUCUGUGAUGUUGACCUAAUAUUUACUCCUGACUUUCUUCAGCGGUGUCGAGCUAACACCAUCCAAGGAGAACAAGUUUACUACCCUAUUAUUUUCAGCCAGUAUGACCCCAAAGUAACCUAUGGAGACCACCCUCCUGUGGACAGUUAUUUUGUUUUCACUAAGAAAACAGGAUUUUGGAGAGAUUAUGGGUUUGGUAUCACUUGCAUUUAUAAAAGUGAUCUUAUAAAUGCAGGCGGAUUUGAUACCUCAAUUCAAGGUUGGGGACUUGAGGAUGUAGACCUUUUUACUAAAGUGGUAACUUCUGGCUUGAAGGCAUUUAGAAGCCAAGAAGUGGGGGUUGUGCAUGUGUUCCAUCCGGUUCAUUGUGAUCCCAGUCUAGAGUCUAAACAAUACAAGAUGUGCUUGGGGUCUAAAGCAAGUACAUUUGGCUCUGCAAUGCAACUAGCUGAAAUAUGGCUAGAAAAGCAUUUAGGUCUUAGGUAUAAUCAUACUUUCUCCUGAUAUUUUAACUGGGACUGGCUUCCUAGGAGAAGUUUACCUCAUUGCUUUUUCAUUUCAUCAUUGCAUUCUUAAACUUCUCUUUGUCUUCCAAAGGAUUUGUCUUUGACCUUUAACAAACAUCUAUUAGGAAUAUUGGAGAUUCCUGCUGAACUGAUGUGUCUUUCUGCUCGUGAUCCAUAAACUGAGUGAAAUCAUUGCAACAGAACAGUUGCAUAGAUAACAUCCAUCACUAGGACCACAUCAGAAGAAUAGUUUCUUUGGACUUCAGGAUGCAAUAUUGAUCUUGAUUGUGUCUGUCAAACUUAAUGUGAUACAAAUAUUUUUCAGUGAAGGUAUCACAAAAGUGCUUUAUGCUUCCUCUGGGAAAGAGACUCUGGCAAACUUGAGUUUUAUAAUUUAUAUGAGGACUGAAAUAAAAACUAUUCUUUAUAAUUUUUAAGUAAUAAAUAAUGGACUCAUCUAUUUUUUAAAAUAAGGGAAAAAUACAUUUUCCAGGUGCAAUGGUACUGGCUACCAAGACCCUUAAACAGCAUAUCAAAUUGACCUCUUCAGUACUCUGCAAAUGGACUGUAUUUUCUCGAGAAAACAUAUCAUAAUCAGAUAUUUGCAUAUGUUGAGAAGGUUAUGAAACAAUCACUUUCAUUUGCUGGCAAGAAGAAAUCAUGACACAAUAUGAGUAUUUAUAAUAAAGAAUAGGCAUGUGAUCUUGUGUUUUCUAAGACAAGAAUAUUUUGCUUUGUUUCUGUUUAGAUUGAACGUCUAAUAUAUACAUAGUUUUCUAAUUCCUUUCAUAAGACUGCACUUGUUACAAAGGGAAAUCAAAGGGUACUUAAUAUUGUCUUUUUAUAAUUCUGUGUUAAUAUUCAUAUUCUGAAUCAAUUGUUGUUAAACUUUAAAGAAAAUGUAAUUAUUUAACUAUGAAAGUACUAUUGCUGGUCAAAGUUCUUGCAAAUAUAUUUAUAAUAGUGAAGAUAUAUAGAAAGUGGAAUGUGUUAAGGUUUCCUUCUCUGUAAAAUCCAAAAAUUCCAGAAAAUAUAUUACGGAUACUGAAAAAAUAUUAGAUGGUUAUGUUCUGUUAAAAUGAACACAAGCCAUGACCACAUUAUCAUUCAUAUAGUGAUUUGAUCAAAUUUAUGACAUGUAACUGUAACAUUUUUAAAAAAACCUGAAACAUUCCCAAGAAAUAUAUGUCAACCCUGAUGACCAAUAUAAUGUGAUCAGCUUUAAAGAACAUAAGAAGCAUCUCUAAAUAAAUAAUAUCUGGUAUUUUUAAGAAAAGGUGCUGAACAGUAUAUGUUAUAAUGGCCAUGAUAGAAUCUGAACAUUGCCUGAAACAUCUAAUGGAAUCUGCAAUUCUCACAAUUUAAUUGGCACAUAGCAUGCUCGCUUUGGCAAUAUAUAUAUUAAACUAAAUUGGAAAAGAGCAAGAGAUAGGCAUUCUGAAUAAGAUAUAUUUGUAUCUUAUUCAAUUUUCUUUUACAAAUAAGAAUAACCAUGGCAACGAUGUUGCAGAAUCAAGAUUUUAUUAACUUAGAUUAAGUAUAGUAAGAAAUACAUAUUUAGUGAUGAACUCAAUAGGUUUAGAAAUUCAGGACAAAGCAACAUAGUCUCUUGACCAUUACACCAAAGAUUCUUCCUAGAUGUUAUUUUUCUUUUGUAUAUUCUUUUUUGUCACAGCAUGUUAUGCUAGUAUUUUCUCGUGACAGUGGUAAUUUUUCUCAUUUUAGAUAUGACUCGCAGCAGUGUUCCAAUUCUGUGUGCCACAUUUAUACCCAGGUAUAAUUUCAUUUCACAUCUAUGUAUGCAUGUAUAAAUCCCACUGCUGUAUAAUUAGUCCUGAUUCAAAAUUACAUACUGCAAAUUCUUCCCAGAUCAAUAGCAAUUAGCAUAUUUUAUUUUUAUGAUUGGGUAUUCUACAGUACCAACUUCUAGCUUCAUUGCAUAUCUGCUGUAGCAAAUAAGCUACUAUUUUUAGUUGGCCCAUUACUUAAUAUUUAAUGUCUAUGUAAGAUGAAGUUUGCCCACAUUCUCAUACUCAUAAUUAGCAUAUGGAAUAUCAAAACUAUAAUAGGAAUUUAGAGAAUCAAUUUGGUGUAAUGGUUAAAGUGCUAGAUUAAAAGCCAGGAAACUGUGAGUUCUCAUCUUGCCUUAGGUACAAAGUCAGCUGGAUGACUUUGGGUCAAUCUUCUCUCUCAGCCUUAGGAAUAAGGCAGUGGCAAACUAUUUCCAAAAAUAUUGCCAAGAAAAUAAUGUGGUUGCCAUGAGUCAAACCUGACUCAGAAGUGAAAUAAUUAAGCAUACAUGAGAUAUGCAAAAAAAAAAAAUCUAUUUUAUCUUCACAAAUGAGAUACUAGGUUAUUUUAUAAGAUAGAGUAUAGGCAAACAGAUUUUAAGGCAAACAAAUAAUUUGAUGUAUUUAUAUUACCUGUGGCAACUCCUUAAAAUGCACUCUGGAGCUUCUCUGUCAAGCCCUGGGUUAAUCAGAACAUCCAAGCAGUUCAAAUGAGUAUAAAGAUUUAUUUCAAGCUUAUGUUGUCUACAAGACAGCCAAGCAAAUUGGCGGUAGUUAAAUUCAAAGAAUUCAAAGGAAUUCAAGGUAGGCUGGAUUUAGUUCUCUUGUGGGUGUGAAGGAACUCGUAACUGAUAACACCUUUGACCCCUCCCUCAGGCUCAGUCUGAUUAUCUUCUACAACCAUAUUCCCAAAUGGCUGCUUUAAAAAGUUGCAAGCAGGUGCUAUGCUUGCACCUCAGCAUACUCCAUAACAUCUUUUUGGAGAUGUCAAAUCCAGAAUGCUGCCUAGACCUAUCAGGUUAAAGAAUACUUAUUACUUUGGGACUUAGAAAGAGUAAUGCAAAUUUUAAAAAUUCUGUCUGAAUUUGUUUCGUAGUUAUAGAGUGACAUGCACAACUACUUGUGAAAACCAAAACCUUGUCCCCCAAAAUGUGUAUUCUUACUACAUUGUCAUAUUGUAAUUUCCUUUUCUAGACAAUUUUUUUCUUUAUCUGUUGUUUGGGACACAGAUAUUUCUUGUUAACUUGAAGUUAUUAAAAUGUCAAUUAACUGUAUUUGAAGAAGCUAAGCUUUCCCUGGUAAUUUCAAAUGCAAAAAAUCAUGAGAGUUUACCUUAACUCCUUGAUAAAAAUGUUGAAUAUUUGUCCAUAGCCUUAAAUUAACAUGGUUUGCUCGGACAAAAUUUCAACAUAUAGCGUGAACUGAACUUGAUGACUGUACAGGGAAUUCUGUGUACAAAAGGACUUGCCGGAUCGGGUCCUGAACUGAAAAAAAAAAUGAAAUGUCAAUUCUUAUUCUUUAGAGAUAUUUAUUUAGUGUAUGACCAAUUCAUUUGUUUACAUGAUGGAUUACUUUGUUGUAAACUGGAUUAUAAAUGUUUGUUAUAAAAUAUUGUGUUGUCUUUGGAAUAACUGUUCUCAGAUAAAUUGUGUUAGUUGAUUUGUGGCAGGAGAGCCAUUUUAAUGAUGACAUAAUCAUAAUGGAUGCAAUUUUGCUGUAUUCAAGUGAGCAGGAACUGUGCCAAGGAACUCACUGGUGUUUAUUCCGGAUUAUCAUAGUGCCUUGCAAGUACACUCCCAAUGAAUUAUACUUGCUGUUAAGACAUUUUGCAAAACAGAUUCAAAUAAUGUAUCUUUCUCCCUCUCCCUUUUCAAAAAGAUUGAGGAGAAAAUGAGAUUGGUUCCUUUUUUUUCUUCAAACAUGGCUGUGCCCAGCACCAUCAAACCAAUCAAGAAGCAUACACACUCACUGCUUAGCCAAAGUCUUUAUUUAAACAAAGCAAAAACACCCCCUUCUUAAUGUAUAAUAAUGUAUAAUUAAGAAUUCUUAAUUCUAUAAUGUAAUGGCCAUUAUAGGGGUGACAAGAUGAGCAAAAGGGGGAGGACUAUUUGACCAAGGAAUCCUGUCAAACUAACCCUAUUACUGCCACAAUUGGUGCUGAAAUAAUUCAGCUGGUAAGAGUAAGCUUUACAUCCAUAAAUUCUUUAAUUUGAAGCAAACCAACACUGUCACUUUCAGAAGGCUGAAAGGGAUUGGACCUUUAGUUUCUGUGCUUUAAGUAUUGGUUAAUCACUAUCAUAGAAAAGAUCAAUGAUAAAUAACAUAAAGGUUUCCCUGUCCAGUCAUGACCGACUCAAGUGGGUGGGACUCCUCGCCAAUUCUCAGUCAAGGGAGCCUGUGUUGUCUUGACAGAUUUUUCCUUCAGCAUGUGCCCAGCAUGAAAAUAUAGAACACAGUAACCUUCCCAUUAAAGUGGUACCUGUUUAUCUAGUUGCAUGUGCAUGCUUUCAAAUGCUGGGUUUGCAAGAGCUGGGCUAAGUAGUGGGAGCUCACCUCAUCACGCAACACUCAGGUCUCAGGCCCAGGGUAUCAGCUUUCCAGCUGACAAGCUCAGCAUCUUAACUGCUGAGCCAUCGCAUCCCCUCCAAAGUAAUAUAAAAUAACAUAACCUACUUUUAAUCAGGGCAGCACUCAUUUUACAUAAAGGCAAAUGCCCAAAUCAAAUGAGGAGUUUUUUCCCUUUUGCUAAAUCUUUUUCCAUCAUCCUCUAGUUAACAGAAUUCCAUGAUUCAUUCUUCCACUACUGCAUCCCAGGAUUUUCUUACUUUCUGGCUUCCUCUUUACCACAUAUUUUUUUAAAAAGUACAGAUAUUUCUGGUCUUGGUUUAAGGAUAUCCACUUUGCUGAAGGGUUUCUAGUUCUGUUGCUGAUAGUUUCCAGGUUCUUACCACAAUAGUUCAACAGCCUCAUGAAUGUUAUUACUUUAUUGCUUCCUUCCCUGGCUCAGUCAGCAAUCCCUUUAAAGUCAUGGAAUUCCAAAACCAAUCCUUUCUCGGUUUCAGAAAUAAAUGCUGUCAGACAAGACUUAGUUCCAGCCCAGAAAAACAGCAUGAUUAGGUUAUUUUCAGUAGUGUGGAAUUUUUAAUAACACGACUACUGGUUUAAUAAAUGUAAAUUCAACAUUGUUGGGUUAGAAUGCAUUAGUUCUGUGUUAUUUUAAAGACAGCACCAUUUUGAUUUUAAAAUCUGUAGGUUUUUUUUAAUGCAUUCAAAUCUUCAUCUCUAACAUAAAUAUUAAUAUUUUUAUCAAAAUUGCCAAAUUAUAAACUUAUUUUUCAAUAAACUAUUUUAAAAAUGCAUUUUUAAAAGUCAGUGUAAUAGUUAAAGUGUAAUUGGGCUAGAACCACGAGACAUGAGUUCUAGUCCUGCUUUAGGCCCAAAGCCAGCUGGAUGAUCUGUCACCCUUAGCAAUAAGACAAUUACAAAUUUAUAUAUACACACAAUUUUAUUAAGAAUUUUGUUUAUAAUAGUAAAAUCUAAUAUCUAGUAAAAAAAGAAUAGAAAGAAGUAGAAUGUGGAAGAAAAAAGAGAAAAUAAUAAUAAAAGAAAGGGAAAAGAAAUAAAAAGUGAAUUCCAAUCUACCACACAAAUCUGAACAAAUUUAAGAGACUCUUUACCCCCUUUAAGCUUACAAACAUCUCUUCAUUUCAUAUCCUAUCUCUUAUCUAUAAACAAAUCUAUAAAACAUAAUCUUUUCAGUUUCAGUCAACAGAAAGUCCAUAAAGGAUAACCAGAAGCAACCAACUUUUCCUUUCAAACAGUCUUAAUCUUUAGUUCAUUCAGAUAUUAUAAUAUUUGAUUUACUUGCAUUUAACUUGCAUUUCUCUUUUAAAUUUUAAAAUUUCAGUCAGUUUCUUUUUUAGAUCCAGUGAAACAUCCCUUUCUAAGCGAAUAGAAUAGAGUAGAGUAGAGUAGAGUAGAGUAGAGUAGAAUAGAAUAGAAUAGAAUAGAAUAGAAUAGAAUAGAAUAGAAUAGAAUAGAAUAGAAUAGAAUAGAAUAGAAUAGAAUUCUUUAUUGGCCAAGUAUGAUUGGACACACAAGGAAUUUGUCUUGGUGCAUAUGCUCUCAGUGUACAUAAAAGAAAAGAUACAUUCAUCAAGAAUCAUAAGGUACAAUACUUAAUGAUAGUCAUAGGAACAAAUAAGCAAUCAAAUCAUAUUAGGAAACAGUCAAUAUAAAUUGUAACGAUACCAGCACAACAUUGUCUUGGUCUAAAUUUGUUCUACAUCUGCCAUUUCUUUAAUAACAUCUUUUGGACAUACUGUAGUUUAUCCAUAGAAGUAAUCAUCCCUAACAUUAUUGAUAUUGUGGGUAUUAUUCUUCAAAAGUCUCCUUCAAUAUUUUUAUUCUAUAAACUUUUAACAACAUUUUAUGGACUUGUAAAACUUCUUUAUCUAAAAGCUUUAGUUCUCUUUUGUGUCCAGCUUUUCAAAUCAUGAAAUUGGUUAUCUUUGUUUUGCCUUGUAAAAAUCAAAACAAGAACUAUCUCCCACAAAAAGCUGUUUGUUCUUUAAAACAUCAAAAAUCUUAAUGUAAACAUUUCAAUACUUCAGUUUUAUCUGGACCCUUACUCCAUUUAUGAUUUUCUAAGAUGAAAAAAGCUCCUUGCUGUUUAGUUCAGAUUCUUUACAUCCUUAAGCUUAUAAUUAAAUUUUUCUUUCAUUCACAACUCUACCCCACGUUUUCAAAUUUGUCAUUCUGAAGGCCUCUUAAGAUCACCAGUUACUUGGCUUUUCCCCUAGUCAAUGGCUCUGCUUUUAUAGAGCCCUCUUCAAUUUUGCAUACCUUCCCAAGAAAUGCUUGCAAUGGUAAACUUUUCUCCAAACACCUUGUCAAGAAAACUGCAGGAUCCAGACAGUCAUUGAGUCCAUACUGAGUUAAAUGCACCACUCAAAUCACAGUUGGAAGAGCUGCCAUCCGAAGAAUAUCUACAGUCCAAAUUGACAUGCGCAACAAAAUCAUUACUACAUAUUUCAAAAUGUUCAGUAAUGUUCAUGUUUUCCUACCCUAAUGUAAAAGGCUAAUAAUGAUAGAAAAAUGUGAUUAAUUGAUAUAAACUAUAAACAUGAUAUUUAAAGAUGA